AUGACGGCCGGCGCGUUCUACAAGCCGAAGAAAAGCAAAACGAAACCUUUAGGCGAGGAUGCCCACUUCAUUUGUGAUGAACAACAGACAAUCGGAGUUGCAGACGGUGUCGGAGGCUGGGCCAAGCACGCCAGAAAUUUGAUGGAGAAUGCCAUCGGUGCGACUCAAAAACAACCCAAGGGUAAUGUGGAUCCUAAGAAAGUUCUGGUUGAGGCGUUUCAGAACAAUUACGCUAAAGGGUCCAGCACUGUUUGCAUAAUCACCCUCAAAGAUAAUUAUUUACACGCUUUGAAUUUGGGGGACAGUGGGUUUCGGUCGGCAGAGGAAAUCUUCGUCCCUGUGGAAGCAGGGGAUAUGAUUGUGGCAGCCACUGAUGGGAAUUUAGCAUCUCUGGCGGUCGCCGUCUCCCGUUGUAAGCAUGUUGUCAGUCCUUUCACGGUAGCUGCUGUAGAGGCUGGAUUCGAUUGCGAGGCAUACAAGGGAGGCAAAUACGACGAUGUUACUGUUGUAGUUGCUUACAUCUCCUCGGAUGAUCCAAUGGAAAUUGACUGA